AUGUCACUCGAAUACCACCUCUUGUUCAUACCCAGGAUGGUUCUUCAAUCAUCCGUUCUGGGCUUUGAGGCAUUUGCUUGUUUGUUUCUGUUCAUGGCUGUCUUUGGUUUCUGGCUCUUCCCCGGUGGCCUUGCUUGGGCUUUUUGCAAGGUCCGGGCUUUCAAAGCGAUUCCGGGUCCACCCGGUUACCCGCUUAUCGGGUCACUCACUGUUUUCACUGGUUCUACGCGUCACCGAGUGCUUGCUAAGAUGGCUAAGAGCCUCAAGGCCGAAGCUUUGAUGUCUUUCUCCGUGGGGCUAACUCGGUUUGUCAUCUCAAGUCAGCCAGAGACUGCUAAAGAAAUUUUGAACAGCUCUGCUUUUGCCAAUAGGCCUGCAAAUGAGACGGCCUACGAGCUUUUGUUUUACAGAGCAAUGGGGUUUGCGCCGUACGGAGAGUACUGGAGGAAUUUGAGAAGGAUAGCAGCAACCCAUUUGUUUAGUCCUAAGAGAAUGGCUGGCUCUGAAGUUUUUAGACGUGAAGUGGGGUUGAAAAUGGCUGAGGAGAUUAGGAGUUUGAUGGUUGAGAAAGGUGAGGUUCAGAUGAAAAACGUGCUUCAUUUUGGGUCUUUGAACAACGUGAUGAUGACUGUGUUUGGGCGCUGCUAUGAGUUUGGGGAAGGCGGCGAAGGGCAUGAGCUUGAGAAGCUGGUCAGGGAAGGGUAUGAGCUGCUUGGUUUAUUCAACUGGAACAACCAUUUUCCAUUUCUGGGUUGGUUGGAUUUGCAGGGUGUGAGGAAGAGGUGCAGAAUUUUGGUCUCAAAAGUGAAUGCUUUUGUCGGAAAAAUCAUUGAAGAGCAUAGGCUGAAGGUCAAAGGUGACAACUUUGACACCGACUGCAGUGGGGAUUUUGUUGAUGUUUUGCUUGCUAUGGAAAAUGAUCACAAACUCGGUGACUCUGACAUGAUCGCCGUGCUUUGGGAGAUGAUCUUCCGAGGAACUGACACAGUAGCUACUCUGCUAGAAUGGGUUCUUGCAAGAAUGGUUUUGCACCCAGAAAUACAAGCCAAAGCCCAAAGUGAAAUCGACUCUGCGGUUGGCGCCUCAAGGCCUGUUUUGGGCUCUGAUGUCCCUAACCUGCCCUACCUCCAAGCCAUUGUGAAAGAGUGUCUGAGGGUGCACCCACCAGGGCCUCUGCUCUCAUGGGCUCGCAUUGCAAUCCAUGAUGUUUAUGUCGGUGAAAACUUCAUCCCAGCAGGAACCACAGCCAUGGUGAACAUGUGGGCAAUAACUCAUGAUGAAAAGGUCUGGUCUGAGCCAAAAUUGUUUAGGCCCGAGCGUUUCAUGGAAGAGGAAGUGAGCAUCGUGGGCACUGACCUGAGGCUGGCUCCCUUUGGUUCUGGGAGGAGGGUGUGCCCUGGAAGAGCCUUGGGAUUGGCUUCUGUUCAACUCUGGCUGGCUCAGUUGCUUCAGAACUUCAAUUGGGUUCCUUCUGAGAAAAGUGAUGUGGAUUUGUCCGAGUGUUUGAAACUGUCUAUGGAGAUGAAGAGCCCACUGGUUUGCAGGGCGGUUCCUAGGUUUGUUUGA